UUAUAUUUAUUUAUAGUUAUAUAUAGUAUACAUCAACUUCAAGCAUAGUGUUGUGGUUAAUAAAACAUAUUACAGGUGACUAACGCAGCUCUAUGGUCGUUAUGACCAUGUUUAUGAUCGUCUUUAAGUUACAUAAGUUUCAACACAAAGUUACAAAAUUCGACAGGCGGUGGUGCUCAGAAGUUUCUGCAUAUGAAGAAAGAAAACACUAUGUCGAGUAGUAGCAGCUCUGAUUGGUUUUCUUCGGUCAACAAGAUGUCAGAUACCACUGAUGUGAAGUCCUUGCUACUGGUUAUUUCAGAGAUCAUGAAACUAUCAACUGUGACAGAAAACGAUAACUUCAUCACAAUAGGAUGCUAUUUUUACCGUGUUUUUUCAGUCAUCGUGGAAUUGGAAUCGUCGGAAAAUAAACCAAAAAAUGCAGCAGAGAUUUUACUGGCACUCUCAGAAUGCAUAUACAUAGCAAAACACCUACUGUCAAACUGCAACAAAAAUUUAGAAGUCGAACGCAUCACAAAUCAGCUUGAAAGGGUAGUCAAACACAUGGGUGAAGUACUAAACUCGAUGAGAUCAUCAUCAGGGCGCUAUUUCCAUUAUGCCGUUCAGUCCAUAGUACAAGACAUCAAUGGGUUUUGUUUUGAAACCAGUGGCAUUCAUUAUGAUCAUAAGGAGAACGAUCUUUACACGAUUAAUGAUUUUGAAAGCUCCACAGAUGAUGAAUCAGAAACACCCCUUGUGAUGAGUUUUCCAGAUUUGGGUUCAUAUACAGAACCAUUAUAUGAAACCUUCUUUUGUCCAUUGACAAAUAAGAUUAUGGAGGAUCCGGUCACAAUAGAAACAGGUGUCACAUACGAAAGGGUUGCAAUAACAAACUGGUUCAAGAAGUUUAGCAAUCCUGCUGAUAUCAUUUGCCCGAAGACAGGCAUGAAGAUAACAAAUCAAGUUUUCAACAGAAAUAUCGCUCUGUUGGAAACGAUCAAGCAUUGGGAGGAAAGAAAUGAACAAGCAAGUAUAAAGGCUGCAGUAUCAGCUCUGUCUUUAACCAGUAAUAAGCCCAUGAUUCGUGAGGCACUGCACAAUUUGCAAAAUUUAUGCAGAAAAAGGCAGUAUAAUGUGGUGGAGAUACGUACAAUCGGUGUCAUACCACUUCUUGGAGAAAUAUUGAAGCAUCAAGAUAAAGAUUUGAUUUUUGAAACUCUUGAAUUACUAAGACAGUUGACUGAGAAUGAUGAUGAAAACGAAGGAAAGGAAAUGAUUGUCAGGAAAGUGGACUUAUAUGAAAUUAUACGAAUUUUAUCGAGUAAAGAUGAAUGCAUUUGGCGUUCGGCUUUGCUUCUUCUAGUUGAGCUUUCAAAAAGUAAGGUUUUUUGUGAUCAAAUUGGUUCUGUUAGUGGUGGAGUUCUGAUGCUGGUUACUCUAAAGUACAAACAAUCGAAUAAUGAAUUUUUGGUAGAAAAAGUCGAUUAUAUCUUGAAAAACUUAGAGAGAUCGCCAGAUAACAUCAAGAUCAUGGCAGAAAAUGGAUAUUGGCAGCCUCUAUUGCAUCACUUUCUUGAAGGUAAUGAAGAUAUGAAGAUGGAGAUGGCAGAUUACAUUGGAGAAAUUUUUCUUGGAAAUGAUCAUGAGAUUAAAAACUAUGUCGCAGAGACGGCUUCACCUGCCUUGCUUCAAAUGGUGUUUCAUGGAAACUCUCUGGCAAGAAAUGUCGCAUUUACAGCAUUGAAGCAAAUCUCAUCUCACCACGAAAAUGGAAAGAUUCUUGUGAAAACGGGGGCCAUUGGUAAAAUGCUCAAUGAAGUGUUCAAACGAACGAUCUACGAUGAACCAAUGAAUUCAAAGGCAGAAGCUGCAGGUAUACUUGCAAACAUACUUGAAUCAGGAUCUGUUGAGUUAAAUGACCUCCAAGUUGAUCACAAGAUGUCCUUGGAUUACAUUAUAUACAACAUUGUCAAAAGGGUUGGGAAUUCAAUGCCAGAUGAGAUGAACAUAAACUUUGUGAGAAUCCUUUUAUGCCUCAUGAAAUUCCUGAAAACAUCUACGAUUAUCGUAUCGGUGGUAAAAGAGAAUGAUGCCUGUGCAAACAUUAUCGAGCUUUUGAACAACCCAAAUGAGGAACUACAGGUGGUUUCGAUCAUGUUUUCUAUAGCUCUUUCACCGUUUCUUGGCCAAAUAUUGGCAGAUAAACUAUGCAAAACUAGAGGCCAACCUCAAGCAUUGCUAAAAGAGCUUCCGGAAAUGACACCACCAACUGAAAAACAAGCAGUUUCUGUCAAUUUCCUGGCCAAACUUCCCCAUGAAAAUAUUUCACUUAAUUUAGCUCUAUAUCAUACAGUUCCUUUAAUUCUGAAAAAGAUCGAUCAAAUUCAGAGGUCUGGCAUGAGAAUGAGCAAAUAUGGAAUUGUUUAUCUGGAAGGACUUGUGGGUAUUCUUGUUCGGUUCACUGCAACACUCUACGAAAACCACUUUUUGAUUCUAGCAAAGAACUUCACUUUCACAAAUGUGUUCACCGAAUUGCUUAUGAACACAUUUAGCGACGAAAUUCAGAAGCUCUCGGCAAAAGGGUUAGAAAAUUUGUCAUUAAAAACAGUUAUUUUAUCCAAACCCGCACCAAUUAAAAAAAUAAAGAAACUCAGGGUCAGAAAGUUCUUAUAUUUGCUAAAGUGUUUCUCAUUUGAUUCAAGAGAUCUUGAAGUCAUACCACUAUGCCAACUUCAUAAAGGAGUAUGCUCUUCUCAAGAGACCUUUUGUUUGCUUGAAGCAAAAGCAGUCAAAAAGCUGUUGACUUGCUUUGAACAUAAGAAUAUUGAAGUGGUGGAGGCUGCAUUAUCGGCAAUAUGCACGUUGUUAGAUGAAAGAGUCGAUUUGGGCACAAGUGUGAGUAUUUUGAUCCAAGAAAAGGCCAUACAGCAUGUUCUGAAUGUGGUGAAAGAGCAUAAAGAUGAAUCUUUGAGGCGAAAAACAUUCUGGAUGUUAGAUAAGUUGCUUAAGGAAGGUGAUGAUAAUUCGAACUCAGAAAUAUCACAAGACAGAUUCUUGCGUGCGACAUUAAUCAACGUUUUGCAUUACGGUAAUGGUGACACCAGGUUGAUGGCUGAGAAAAUCUUGAGGCACUUGAAUAAUAUGCCUAAGUUUGAGUAAUACUAGCAAGUAUGCAGUUUUAUAUACUUUGUACAUAGUAUACAGCAGCAGAUUAGUUUCUAAGUCUGAUAAUCAUAUAAACUAUAUUGGAUUAUCUAUAUGAAUACACAUUUUUAAUUUC